GCACAAAUUGUUUGCUCUGCUGAGGCCUGCUUGCUGCUGGUGGAGAUUGCGAGGGGCGAGUGACCGAGUCUCGUAGGCUCCUCCAGAGAGAGAGAGAGAGAGGAGAGAGGGAAGCAAUGUUGUCUGGUCUGAAAUUGCAGGUGAAACCCACAAUCAAGCAAAGCUACAGCUUCCUGGGGAGCAAAAAGCCUGGCCGUCUGCCCUACCAUCUCAGACUUCCGGCUGGACGGGUGAACUCGGUGUCCGUACGGUCUGAGUAUGUUAACGAAGCAUCUCAGCCGUCAGUUUCAUCGCACUACACGGAAAGUGUGGGAUCUCCAUUACCUUCGGCUUCACUUCUUCAGCUCUCCCACUGGAACCUCACCCACCGCCACAUCGUCUUGCUCAAUGUCGUUGCUUGCGCCGCAGCAGUUUCUGCGACGUGGCUCUUCUGCUCUGCAAUCCCCGCGCUUCUGGCUUUCAAGAGAGCAGCUCAAUCACUUGAAAAGCUGAUGGAUGUUAUGAGGGAAGAGCUUCCUGACACAAUGGCUGCUGUUCGUUUAUCCGGGAUGGAGAUCAGUGACCUCACUAUGGAGCUCAGUGAUCUUGGCCAGGAAAUUACACAGGGUGUUAGAAGUUCCACUCGAGCUGUUCGCGUGGCAGAGGAGAGGUUGCGCCGCUUGACAAACAUGGCUCCAUCAGGAGGUAACCAGUCCGAAAACUGAGGUUCCAGGGCCAGUUUUGGCUAGAACUGCAAGAGGCAUACGGGAGGGGAUUGUGAAGGGCCGUGCUCUGUGGCAAAUGUUUUUCACUAUCACCCGGUUCUCUAGGCUGGCACUCAACUAUAUAACCAGUCGAAAUAAGCGGUAGAGUAGAUCACAACCAUACAAGAGCUUCAGGGUGAGCAACAUCAAAUUUUUGUGAAUAUACACAACUUCAAAAAAAAAGGUUUCAGUCCCAAUUAAUGAUUCUAAGUUAGGAUGGUGAACUUUGUAGUCACAGUUUUCCGUUUCAGAAUGUUGCCUUCAUGAUAGAUAUCCUUUGGUUUGCCUUGUUCCUUUUUUUUGUCACUUGGAAGUGUAAUUGGUUUCUUGUAGAUUUGUAUGAGAACGCCUCUGUAAUGCCCUCUGCUUGAUCAAAUAACAUCGUCUGCUUUUAAUUUUCCCCCGUACUA